AACUCUUCAUGCCAUGGCUUAACGCCCAGCACACGAAAGCUUGAAGCUGUCUGUCUUUCCUGAGUCACCACAGAAGCACAAAGCAGAAGAGCUCCAUCAUGGGAAUGAAGACAGUUUUGCUUGUGACUGUGGGGGUCCUGGCAGCAUAUUAUGUUUAUACUCCUUUCCCGGACAAUAUUGAGGAGCCUUGGAAACUGAUGGCUAUGACUGCACAAAUCAAAGUAAUAGGAAGCUGGGCUCAAUUUGUUGAAUUCUUGGGAAUUGCUCAUUCCAUUGACAUUGCAAACUUCUUAACAAGUCUUCAGUUAGUCCCACCCACAUCUGAUGAAAAUGUCACCGUGACAGACACAACUUUCAACAACAUUCCUGUCCGCGUGUAUGUGCCCACACGGAAGACAAAGACAUUGAGAAGGGGCUUAUUUUAUAUUCAUGGAGGCGGUUGGUGUGUGGGAAAUGCUGCUUGGCAGAACUAUGAUAUUGUGUCAAGACGUACAGCUGAUCACCUUGACACAGUUGUCAUCUCCACCAACUACAGACUUGCACCUAAAUAUCAUUUCCCAAUUCAGUUUGAGGAUGUUUAUGAUGCAUUAAAGUGGUUCUUACGACAAGAUGUUCUUGACAAAUACGGAGUAGAUCCUCAAAGAGUCGGUGUGUCUGGAGACAGCGCCGGUGGGAACUUAGCUGCAGCAGUGGCUCAGCAGCUCAGCAAAGACCCAGAGGUCAAGCUCAAACUCAAGAUCCAGACUUUAAUAUAUCCUGCCCUCCAGACUCUUGAUAUGAACACACCAUCAUACAAGGAAAACUCUGACUUUCCAGUUCUUCCCAAAUCACUCAUGGUCAGGUUCUGGAGUGAGUACUUUACCACAGACAGAUCACUGGAAACGGCCAUGUUCCACAAUCAGCAUGUCCCAGCUGAUGCGAGUCACCUGUUCAGCUUCGUUAACUGGACUUCCUUGCUCCCUGAGAAAUUUAAGAAAGGACACAUUUACAAGACACCAAUCCAUGAUAGUUCUGAUAUGGCAAAAAAAUACCCAGGGAUCCUAGAUGUGAGGGCAGCGCCCCUGCUGGCUGAUGACACCCAGUUGCGUGGCUUGCCCAGGACCUAUGUCAUGACCUGUCAGUACGAUGUCCUGAGAGAUGAUGGGAUCAUGUAUGUCACCCGACUCCGGAAAGCUGGUGUUCAGGUCACUCAUAACCAUGUAGAUGAUGGAGUGCAUGGGGCUUUUACCUUUAAUGGGCUCAAAAUUGGAAAUAGAUUACAAAACCAGUAUUUUAGUUGGCUAAGGGAAAACCUGUAGCA